AUGCCGUCGUUACAUCGUCAUAAACGUCAUCCGACCGAUCCACCAACGUUGGAUGCCGACAAAAUUGAUAUUUUAAAAAGUACAAUUCGAAAUAAAUUUUGUAUGACUGAACAGUUUUUUGCAACUUAUUAUGAAUUAUAUAUUGUUCAAACGUUGCGAACAAAAUGUUCGAAUGCGAAAAUCAAAAAACGACAGGCUGAAAAAGUUGCAGCUCUUUAA